AUGCCGCCCGCCCUGAGCGAUCAGGAAGACUCUUCCGGCGAAGACGAGGUGCCACCGCAGCCCAAGGCGACCAAGGGCAAGGGCAAAGAGAAGUCGGUAGACGACCAUGUUGACGAAGGCCCGGGUCAGAAUGAGGACAAGGAUAGCGGCAGUGAAGAGGCCGAAGACGAGUACAUCGUAGAGAAGAUUAUGGGUCACAAGUUUGUCAAAGGCCAACUUGUAUUCCAUGUCAAAUGGCAAGGCUACGACGACCCCAACGACCAGACCUGGGAGCCAGAAGAUAACAUGACUGGUGCCGUGGACGUGAUGAAAGAAUACUUUGAAGAGAUUGGCGGCCGACCGGAACCCAAGGGCGGACAAAAGCGGAAGGGUCGAGCAUCGGUGGCCAAAUCAGACUCGGGCACCCCCGCAACAGUCGCCAAAAGGCCAAAGCAGGAGAAGCAAUGGAGUCCCCCACCAGGCUCAUGGGAACACGAUGUCAGCCAUGUGGAUACGGUCGAGGAGCAGCGCGAUCCCAAGACAGGAGAUCUCACAAGAUACGCCUACCUUGUGUGGAACAACCAGAAGAAAACCCAACACCCGCUCAAACACGUCUAUCAAAAGUGCCCGCAAAAGAUGCUGGCCUACUACGAGAGCCACCUCGUCUUCACGCACCCUGAGAAUGAUAUAAGUGGUGAUGAAGGCAGCAACCUCACCAUGGACGAUGCUUACUAA